GUGACUUUUCAUGGAAAACACAAAAUUGUUUGGGUGACCCCAAACUUUUGAACGGUAGUGUACAAAUAAAAAAAAAUCACAUUCCACUUGAGUCACAAUUGGAUCUCCCAGACCCAACUUCCUAAAGUGUGGUUGUUUGGCAGCUUGGCCACUUUAAAAAGUGAGCUAGCUGUGAUAUUACCCCUGGCUUUGCCCCGUCACCCUAACCCCUGACAGGUGGAACAUUGCAGCCCUCCCCGUCUCCUCCCUCCCGCCUCCUGAUUGGUGCUGAAGGCGACGACGCUGCAGCCUGGACUCUUUAAAUAAUCCUACAGCGAGAUUGUCUUAUCAAUGAAGUAGUAAAAGGGUGGUCCCUUUUAGGUUCUGAAUUCCACAAAAAGCGACCAAGAUGAAAAUUAUCAUCGGCAUUGGAGGCGUGACCAACGGGGGCAAGACCACCCUGACGAACAGACUGCUCGGGUCUUUGCCCAACUGCUGUGUGGUGUAUCAGGACGACUUUUUCAAGGUAAGACUGUCUUCGAAGCCCGAUCAAAUAGAAGUCGGGGAGGACGGCUUUAGACAGUGGGAUGUCAUCACGGCCUUGGACAUGGAGGCCAUGGUCAGCACGGUGAGAGGCUGGCAGGAGAACCCGGUCAAGUUCGCCCGCUCCCACGGAGUUUGCCUGUCACCCGAAGCCAAAGACUCGUUGAAGGAGGAGAGGAUCCAUAUCCUCAUUGUGGAGGGCUUCCUCAUCUACAACUACAAGCCUCUCAUGGACGCUUACGACAAAUGCUUCUACAUCUCGCUUCCUUAUGAGGAGUGCAAGAGGAGGAGAAGUACGAGGUCCUACACCGUCCCGGACCCGCCCGGCCUGUUUGAUGGCCACGUGUGGCCCAUGUACCUGAAGCACCGCAAAGAAAUGGAGAGUCACUGUGACAGAAUAGGUACGUCAACACAAACACUUCCCAGUGGCCUAGUGGUUAGAGUGUCCGCCCUGAGAUGGGUAGGUCGUGAGUAAGGCUGAAACGACGCGUCGACGUAGUCGACGUCAUCGGUUACGUAAAUACGUCGACGCCGUUUUUGUGCGUCGGCGCGUCGCAUAUUUACGUCACACUACUGUCAUGGCGGAGCGCAAAGCAGACGAUGCGAGCGAGGGGAAAAAAGCACGCCAAAAGUCGUCAAAAGUGUCGGAGUAUUUCAAUAAACGGCCUAAUGUUGUUGUAUGCACACUGUGUCGAGCGGAAAUGGCCUAUCAUAGCAGCACAACGGCUAUGAACGAACAUUUGAAAAGAAAACCCCCGACAGCGUUCUUGCCAUCACCAUCAACUAGUCAAUCGUCCGCGUGCGUAUACGUUGUCAUUAUUACACAAAAACAUGAAUGUGUCAUUUGUAUCUGCGUUGUAAAUUCAUAAACUAAAGCACCGUUUGCUCUGAGAGGCGCGUUUGGCGUGCCUGUUCAGUGUUUACAAAGACGCGCUCCUCUUUAACGCUGUGGAGAGGCGGCGGCGGCGGCGAGCGAGCGGCGAGGCGGGGCGCGCCGGGAGCGACGCCGCAAGAGCCAGAGGACGACGAGCGAGCGAGGAAGAGGAGCUGAAAAGCGAGGAAAGAAAGAGAAAAGAGUUGGAAGAGAAAAGACUUUGUGUAAAAUUAAAAGAUUGUAAACCUGGCAAAGCCGUCUGGCGUUCAGUCUGUCGGUCCUGAAAGAACCCCACGGCACAAGACGUGUCACAAACGCUAACGUUAAUUAGUUGUGCAAAUACCUUUUACAACAUUAACAGUUACAUAUACUAUGUACAAACCAACAAUUAACUUUCACUUUAAUCAUACUAUCAUUGUUGUGUUAUUAAGCAAAAUAAGCAAUACUUUUACUUAUUUUUACACUGUACACUUUUUUGUAUUGGAUGUUUAGCUUUAUUUUUGCACAUUUUAGCAAAUAAGCAAUACUUUUACUUUUGUUGAAAUGUUUACAUUGUUACAGAAUAUUUCCGUUUUGCACU